UAGUUAUUAUUAAAAAAUGGUUAUUCCACCACCAGUAAUAUGGGCUCAACGUCCAAAUUUAUUGUACGUUACAGUCUGUCUUGAAGAUUGUAAAAAUCCAACAAUUGACAUUCAACCAGACAAAUUACAUUUCAAAGGUGUUGGUGGUACAGAAUCAAAAGAACAUGAAGUAACAAUUAAUUUUUAUAAAGAUAUUGAUGUUGAAAAAACAACUAAAAAUACUAAAGGAAGAACAUUUGAAUUUGUACUUAUGAAAAAAGAAGAAGGACCAUACUGGCCAAGACUUACAAAAGAAAAUACAAAAUAUCAUUGGUUAAAAAUUGAUUUUAGCAAAUGGAAGGAUGAAGAUGACAGUGAAGAUGAAGAUGCAGCACCAGGAGGACCAGGUGAACCAAAAGGCGACAUGAGCCAGAUGAUGCAGCAAAUGCUCGGUGGUAUGGGAGGUAUGGGAGGUAUGGGAGGAAUGGGAGGACAAAAACCAAACUUUGAUGAUUUUGAUGGUUUGGACGAUGAUGCUGAUAAUGCUGACAGUGAUGAUGAAGAUAUUCCUCAGCUUGAGUGAAAUUAAUAAUUAGUUCAAGUUAAUUAAAAUCAUUUUAAAAAGUUCAGUUCCCAGCAACGAGAAAAAUAAAAAAAAAAACAAGAGCCCAUUUAAACACAAAACAACAACAACAACAACAACAAAUAUAUUUCCAACAUUUUUUCAAUUAGUUGUGUAAAUGAUUUGUGUGAUUAUUAAAUUCUAGGUCUUGAUGAUUUGUUUUUACAAAAAAAAAUUAUAACUCAACGUACAAAAGCAACAAAAGAACAAAAAACAUUAUGUAAUUUUUUUUUUUUUUUUUUUUUACUUAAACAAUCUAAUAGGCCUAUGUUUAAUAAAAAUAAUAAUUAGCGUAUAAAUGUGACUUGUGUGAAAGUGGCUUCUAAUCCAUAUACCAAUAACAAAUUUUAAAAAAAAGUUAUUUUCUUUUUUUUGUAUUUUGUUUUUUCCUUAAUUUCCACUCUCAUUGCUAG